AUGUCCAACGCCAAUACCUCCUGGGCUCGUCUUCCCCCCGAACUUCGGGAUGAGGUGCUCAGCAUUGUGUCGGGUCUCCACGGCACUAAGUACAGCCAGCUUGCUACCAUUUCGUGGGAAUGGCAUUCCUUCUUCGAAACGUUGAUUUUUGCCGAGAUCAGCCUAACGCCAUCGCGCCUGUUCGAUACUAACUCUACUGCUAUUCUCUUCCGCAAGAGAAGUCUCAUCCGUUACAUAUGGUUUCGCGUGGAACUGGAAAGCUACCACUGUUACAAGUGCCCACUAGAGGUCGAUGAAAAUGGCAACGAUGAGGACGUGGACGUUUUCGGCGAAGACCCAGCCGAUGACAAUCUGAUCGUGUAUGCUUUCCAGAGCUUGGCCGCGGCCCUCAGCACGUGGGAGCCGCGUAGCCACUUGGUUCUCGACACCAGUGUCUCCUCGCCAAGCGAUGCGCUCCAUUGCUUCAAGUAUCUCAGCUUCUGCCCAGACACCCACCUUGGCGAGUGCUCGUCGCUGUUACAGCGCAGCGGGGAUGACCAGCAAGGGAUCACGACCAUCCACGACCCGCCUCACGGCUGGAUCGCUGGGCGGCAAACUGCCGCUCCCCACGAGCGCUCUAUCUACAACUCCUUUGACGAGAUCAUGAGCCAGGCAUCAUUUCUAGACGAGGAACAGGAGAUCCGGUGGUGGCGGUCGAUGCCCCUCAUGCCUGCGGUCACGGCCGUGCUCCUCCGCCAGCAAACCCGUCGUCAAUGGUGGCCAGCCACCCUCGCAAACAUGCUCACGCGCUUCCCCAACAUGACGAAGCUUUGCUACGAGCCUUGGAGAGAAUGGAGCCAGUCACAGCAACUGAAUGAUCAACUUACCCAGCAAUUCAUUGACUCGCUUCACAAGACGAAACUAUCGAAGCCGACAAUUUUCGAAAACUUCAAUGAGGCAUACACGCUGCUUCUUCUGGGCGAGCAAGAGAUAUUCAUUGGAGUGGAGGAACCUCACACGUCUAGCGUUGACAGCGAGGGCACUCACCGGAGAUGA